GUUUGGCCCGUGCGUGGGGUUCGGCUGGAGGGCGGGACGGAGGGGUGGGCCCAGGCGAAGCCUCUGUCGCCGCUGCUGAGGAGGCCGAGAACCGGGCGUGGGCCGGGCAAGGGAGUGCUGGACGCAGAGGAGCGGGAGGCGAGGUCUGCUGGAGCUCUAAGCUCCCGCCGCUCUGCCGCGGGGUGACCCCGUGCACCAGCGCCGUCCGACCCGUGGCUGUUCCGUGGCCUUUGGUGGGAGCGCGGCGACGGCAGUUGGGGGUGGGGAGCCGCGGAGCGAGGCAACGCGAGAGAGGUCAGCUAGUUUGAGGGAGAACCGGGAGCAUUGCCGCCGCAGUCAUGUCCGAGGACUCGAGCGCCCUACCUUGGUCCAUCAACAGAGACGAUUACGAGCUGCAGGAGGUGAUUGGGAGUGGAGCAACUGCUGUGGUCCAAGCAGCUUAUUGUACCCCUAAAAAGGAGAAAGUGGCAAUCAAGCGGAUAAACCUUGAGAAAUGUCAAACUAGCAUGGAUGAACUCCUGAAAGAAAUUCAAGCCAUGAGUCAGUGCCAUCAUCCUAAUAUUGUGUCUUACUACACGUCUUUUGUGGUAAAGGAUGAACUGUGGCUAGUCAUGAAGCUGCUAAGUGGAGGUUCAGUUCUGGAUAUUAUUAAGCACAUUGUGGCAAAGGGGGAACACAAAAAUGGAGUUCUAGAUGAAUCUACCAUUGCCACAAUACUCCGAGAAGUAUUGGAAGGAUUGGAAUACCUACAUAAAAAUGGACAGAUUCACAGAGAUGUGAAAGCUGGAAAUAUUCUACUUGGAGAAGAUGGAUCAGUACAGAUUGCAGACUUUGGGGUUAGUGCUUUUUUAGCAACUGGUGGUGAUAUUACCCGAAACAAAGUGAGAAAGACCUUUGUGGGCACUCCUUGCUGGAUGGCACCUGAAGUUAUGGAACAGGUUCGAGGUUAUGAUUUUAAAGCUGAUAUCUGGAGUUUUGGAAUUACAGCCAUUGAACUGGCUACAGGGGCAGCUCCUUAUCAUAAGUAUCCACCAAUGAAGGUUUUAAUGCUGACACUGCAGAAUGAUCCUCCUUCUUUGGAAACUGGUGUUCAAGAUAAAGAAAUGUUAAAAAAAUAUGGAAAAUCGUUUAGAAAAAUGAUUUCAUUGUGCCUUCAAAAAGAUCCAGAAAAAAGACCAACUGCAGCAGAACUGUUAAGGCACAAAUUUUUCCAGAAAGCAAAGAAUAAAGAAUUUCUCCAAGAAAAAAUAUUGCAGAGAGCACCAACCAUUUCAGAAAGAGCUAAAAAGGUUCGGAGAGUACCAGGUUCCAGUGGCCGUCUUCAUAAGACAGAAGAUGGAGGCUGGGAGUGGAGUGAUGAUGAAUUUGAUGAAGAAAGUGAGGAAGGAAAAGCAGCAAUUUCACAACUUAGGUCUCCUCGAGUGAAAGAAUCAAUAUCAAAUUCUGAGCUCUUUCCAACAACUGAUCCUGUGGGCACUUUGCUCCAAGUUCCAGAACAGAUUUCUGCUCAUCUACCUCAGCCAGCUGGGCAGAUGCCUACACAGCCAACUCAAGUCUCUCUCCCACCCCCUGCAGAGCCGGUAAAAUCAGCUCAGGCUUUGUCUUCAAGAGCAGGUUUACAAGAAACCAAGAUCCCAAUCAGUUUAGUACUAAGAUUAAGGAAUUCAAAGAAAGAACUAAAUGAUAUACGAUUUGAAUUUACUCCUGGGAGAGAUACAGCGGAGGGUGUCUCUCAGGAACUCAUUUCUGCUGGCCUGGUUGAUGGAAGGGAUUUAGUAAUAGUGGCAGCUAAUUUGCAGAAAAUUGUGGAAGAACCUCAGUCAAACCGAUCUGUCACUUUCAAACUGGCAUCUGGUGUCGAAGGCUCAGAUAUUCCUGAUGAUGGUAAACUAAUAGGAUUUGCCCAGCUCAGCAUCAGUUAAACCACAGCCCUGGAAGAGGUGGCCUAAGGAGAUUCCACACAUGCGCAUAUCUGUUGCUUCUGUUGGCCUAAACCCACUACUGCCAAAGAACCCAGCAACGAACCUCCCAGCUAGGAGCUUUAGAGGUCUUUAUGUUCUUCCUGCCAUCAUUCCUCCUUUUUCCUACAGGGAAAGAAAAGUCGGAUCACCAGUGGCCAACAUCCCCUUGAAGAGUUCCUUAGUAAACUUACUCCGAAUGUCCUGUAUUUUCCUCCAUCUUAGAAGUGGCCCAUGUGCCUCAAGGCCCAAGAGGGAGAUCUGUCAGCUCAUUCUUGCCUUACUUCAAUGAUGGCCCAAGUGAAAAGUAGUGCUAUAGUGGGCUUCCUCAUACUGCCUGUUCUCCCACACUUGCCAGGAUGUGGGUAUCUUGGGAUAUCUCUGUACCACUGAAGUAGCAAUUGAAAGUUGAUUGUUCAUAUGGAGCCCAGAGAAUUUAAUUUAGUGUUUUUUUUUUUUUUUCUUUGAACCUGAUGUGAAUUCUAGAAAACUUUGUUAGGAAAAAGCACAGCCUCAGAUGGAGGCAGCCUAAACUGUAUUCUUGUUUUUUCAUGGUGUUUCUGAGCAUUUUGCUGAAGCUGCUCUCAGGCACCCCCUUCUUCAUUGCUCCCUCCAGAAAGGGUUGCUAGCCUUAACUUCAGCUGGUGCAAAAUAUCUGACCGUAGCCAAACUUCAGCCAUUGGAUCCUUCAACGUGAAACUUUGGACUGUGUUUUCAAAAAACAUCAAGUAAUGGCUUAUUAAAGUGAAUUUGCCAGAGGCGGUUUUUGAGCAGGAAUCAUAACUCAAAUUAAAUUGAAGAAAAACUCCUUGAUCCUCCCAUGAAAAUCAAGUUACCUGGCCUCCAAGUCAUGAGGAAAUGGGUGUGCAAGGCUGAGAUUUCUACAGCAAUAAAGGAAACUCACACUGGGCCAGAGAGGCCUACCGUCUGCCCACUCUCCUGCACUGACCCUUUGGAGGGGGUCCUUGUGUGCUGAAGCUAACUCAAGAUGGAAAGUGAAACCACAUGUGCCGUGACCUUUAGGUUUUAUGAGUAGACACUCUUCAUUUGAUUUUCUACAGAAAUAAUAUAAAUUAUUCUUUAGGUUUAAAAAGAGCACUUAUAAUGCAAUAUGUGAAUAAUCAAUGGGGUUGAUUUUCUUUUUUCCUACUGUUUGUCCUCAUUUAUUUAACUGCUAAUAAUUCUACUGUUUUGUGUAUGAAUAAGAUACUCGAUCUGGCCUUAAAAUGACACACAAAGAUAGGCUAUGGGCCCCUGGAAAGGGGAGAGUUGCCUCUUACAGAAUCUCUCAUGCCCUUUCCAGCAUUGUUGGUCUGAUGUACAAGAUGGUUUUACCUAAUUUUCUCUUGGAACAUACCUUUCUCUACCACUAACUUGUCACACCUUUUGUUUCAUUCUGAGCCUGUAAUUUUAGUCAUCUGCCCUAGGUGCAGAGACAUGUUGGGAAAGUAAGGAUGUUGGGGAGGAAGAAGAGGAGAAUGUAUUUUAGAUGAGGGUUGGGAGUAGAGUAGAUUAGAAAACAAGACAUCAAAGUGAGAGCCUAUUGAACCAGGAGGAAGAAAAGAUUAACUAGCUAGCUAGAAAAAUAU